AUGCCGCCCAACUUCCCCGCCGCCGCCGCUGCCGACAUGCGCGUUCUUGCGAAGAAUGCCGGAGGCGCAAAGAGCGAUGUGAUCGAAAACAGCCAUGCUGUCAUUGUACUCUCAUUAAAACGGCAUGCGUCUACAGGAACGAGCCUGUGCAAUCCUCAACACCCAUCGCAGCAUCCCAUGCUCAGAUUAUCAUUAUCGACACUGAGCAAUGCUCGCGGGGCUGCUAGCAUCGAAGAAGAACAGCAGUCUUCAGUUGACCAUUCCACGAUCUCAUCUUUCCAGAAAGAAGCCGAAAUCAAUGAGCUGAAACGUCGGAUUGCGAGUCUUGAGGACCUGCUUGGUAGGGGUGCCCACAGCGCUGAGGAAGCAAAUCCCAUGUACAGACCAGCUCCUUCAGAUACUUGCGAUCCACUUGAUUUAGCCCACUUGCCAGAGAAUAAGUGCCUAGUUUUGAACAAGUCUAGGUUCCAGAGAAUAGCAGUUGUCCUAAGCGGUGAGACUGAGGAGCCGUUGGUCGACGAACUCACGAAGCACACCCUAUCAGAAACCCGUUCUCUGCUUCGUACAUGUAAGCUCCUCGCCUCUAGCAGAAAGGCAGUGCAGAUUGAAAAGUGCUUCGACCAAAAACCUCCCUGUAUUCCGAUUGGCAGGGUGGUUGCGACAAAGCUUACGCAGCUAUACGUGUCGCAUUUUGAAUCGACUUUUCGCAUACUGCACGUUCCGACUUUCUGGAAGGAAUUCGAAAGGUUCUGGGCCAGCUCUGCAGAGAUAUCAAGAGCAAUAUUUCUACAAAUCCAACUUGUCCCGGCCAUCGGAUCUAGCAUCUUCCUGGAGUCAUCUCAGGACGACCCUAUCCCUACGCGCUCGCUAGUCUAUCAAUGGGUACAGUCCGCAUAUAACUGGCUAUCUGGACCUACUGAGAAGGGUCGCCUGAGUAUCGACGGACUACAGGUUCAGUGCUUGUUGGUACUCGCUCGCCAAGUUCUCGCCAUUGGUGCCGACCUCCUAUACAUCACUAUGGGUCAUGUUAUUCGUAUGGCUAUUCAGAUGGGUCUUCACCGAGAUCCUAGGCAUUUCCACAAGAUGACUCCUCUACAAGUACAGCCAGCACCUGAUCCGUAUCUCCUCUCUAUGUCAUUUUGUUAA